GGAAUCUUCUCUUCUCCCAACAGUGGUCACUGCUCUUUCUCUAUCUUUCUUUUUCUCUCUUCCAAACAAUUGGUGGCUGGGAGUGUGGGGUUUGUGACCUGUCCACACAACUGGAAGCAACAUAGAAAGGGUUUGGUUGAAAAUUUUCGAAUGGCGCGGCAGAAGAUUCAGAUCAAGAAGAUUGACAACACAGCAGCAAGGCAAGUGACCUCCUCAAAGAGAAGAAGAGGGCUUUUUAAGAAAGCACAGGAGCUCUCAACACUGUGUGAUGCUGAGAUAGCGCAUAUUGUCUUCUCAGCAGCAGGAAAGCUCUUUGAGUAUUCAAGCUCAAGGAAAAUGAGAGGAGAAGAGCUCCAGGGAUUAAAAAUAGAAGAAUUGAUUGAACUAGAGGAAUUGCUUGAAGCUGGUCUGUGCAGCAUUGUGGAAGAAAAGGCUGAAAGAAUUCGAAGAGAUCAGUGACCUCCAGAGAAAGGUUGUGAAGCUUUUCGAGCGAUCAUAUCUGUUUUAUCAUUGCCUGUGAGAUACAUGCAUGUAACUUCUUAAAGAGAAAAAAGAUUAUCCUUAUCACUAAAUGGAAUCGUAAUGAUUUAUUCGUUAUGGUCAAACAAUCAUUUUAAUGAGCUGAACUUCAAAAUUCUGGUCAUGUAUUCGGGUUUUAUUGCUUUGAGACUCUAAUGGAUUGUGAAUCAGUUAUUUUAUUAUGUACUUUGAACUAAUGUAUUAUUGUAUAUCACCUGAACCACGGAUAUGUUUUUAUGUAUCAAAAUGAAUCAAGUAACUGCUACAAAAUGUUGCAGUGGCUAAAUCUUCUAUAUUCUUAUUGAAACUGUAACUGUGGUUGCCAUGUGAAUUCAUGGGGAAUAAAUAGCCUCCUUAAGAUGUGUUUCUAGGCAGACAAGUGACAGGUCAAGCAAAAUAAAAGUGUAUUUGAUGGUUUAGAUUGUUGAAA